UUUUUUGGUAAGAUUAAUGAGGGUAGUUAUGGGGUUGUGUAUAAAGCAAGGGAUAAGAAGAGUGGAGAGAUAGUUGCCUUAAAGAAGAUGAAGUUGGGGAGUGGAAGUGAGGGAUUUCCUUUUUGUUAUUUGAGGGAGAUUAAAAUUCUUAUGUCAUUGAACCAUCCUUUGAUUGUGAAUGUUCAAAAAGUAGUGGUGGAUGAUAGUGUUGAUGGGUUUGACAAUGUUUAUAUGGUGAUGGACUAUGUGGAACAUGAUCUUAGGGCAUUAAUGAAGGCAAGGAGGCGGCCAUUUAUUCAGAGUGAAGUGAAGUGCUUGAUGCUUCAACUUUUGGAGGGUGUUAAAUAUCUUCAUGAUAACUGGGUGUUUCAUAGAGAUUUGAAGACAGCAAAUAUUUUGUUUAAUAAUAUGGGAGAGGUAAAAAUUUGUGAUUUUGGAAUGUCGUGCCAUUAUGGUAGGGCAUUGAAACCUUAUACUUCUCUGGUGGUAACGCUUUGGUACAGGGCUCCCGAGCUUCUGUUGGGAGCCAAAGAAUACUCAACAGCUGUGGAUAUGUGGGCAGUGGGUUGCAUAAUGGCUGAACUACUGACUGGCCAACCAUUAUUUGAGGGAAAAACUGAGUUUGAGCAGAUUGCUAAGAUAUUCAAUUUGUUGGGCACACCUAAUGACAAUAUUUGGGAAGGCUACUCAAAGUUGCCUGGGGUUAAGGUCAACUUUGUUCACCAACCAUAUAAUCUAUUGCAUAAAAAGUUUCCCCGUGCAUCUUUUAUUGGCUCUCCAACACUGUCUAACUCAGGGCUUGACUUGUUGAGCAGGAUAUUAACAUAUGACCCUGAGAAGAGGAUAACAGCGAAAGAGGCCCUUAAUCAUUGCUGGUUCCAGGAAGUUCCUCUUCUUAAUUCCAAGGAGUUCAUGCCUACUUUCCCACCAGUAUUGUAG